AUGUUCUCCAGCAGGGAGCUUCUUGUACGAAGAGGUCAACCCUUCGAGAUCUUACUAUACUGUAACCGAAGUCUUCAGUCUGGAGAAAGUAUGGAUUUCAUAGUUUCCACAGGGCCUAACCCAUCAGAGUCUGCCAGGACAAAGGCUAUAUUCCCACUUUCCAAUGAGACAAGCAGAGGUGGCUGGAACGCCGUGCUCAAGGACAACAAUAACAACGUCCUGGCCAUCACCAUCACCAGUCCUGUCAGUGCGCCCAUAGGCUGGUACACGCUGAGCCUUCAGAUCUCCUCCAAUGGCAGGGCCGCCUCUCUGAAACUUGGGAUGUUCAUAUUGCUCUUUAACCCCUGGAUGCAAGCUGAUGAUGUAUUUAUGAGUAACCACGCUGAGAGACAAGAGUAUGUGGAGGAAGAUUCUGGCAUCAUCUACGUGGGCAGCACAAAUCGAAUUGGCAUGGUUGGCUGGAACUUUGGUCAGUAUGAAGAAGAUAUUCUGAGCAUCAGCCUUUCCAUCUUGGAUAAAAGUCUGAAUUUCCGCCGUGACCCUGCUACGGAUGUGGCCCGCAGAAACGACCCCAAAUAUGUUGGCCGGGUGCUGAGUGCCAUGGUCAAUAGCAAUGAUGACAACGGUGUGUUGGCUGGGAACUGGAGUGGCAGUUACACAGGUGGCCGGGACCCAAGAAACUGGAAUGGCAGCGUGGAGAUUCUCAAGGAAUGGAAAAAAAGUGGCUUCAGGCCAGUCCGAUAUGGCCAGUGCUGGGUCUUCGCCGGAACCCUCAAUACAGUGCUGCGGGCAUUGGGGAUUCCCUCCCGCGUGAUCACCAACUUCAACUCAGCUCAUGACACGGACAGAAACCUCAGCGUGGAUGUGUACUAUGACGCCAUGGGAAACCCCCUGGAUAAGGGCAGUGAUAGCGUAUGGAAUUUCCAUGUCUGGAAUGAAGGCUGGUUUGUGAGGACUGACUUGGGCCCCUCGUACAAUGGGUGGCAGGUAUUGGACGCGACGCCACAGGAGAGGAGCCAAGGAGUGUUCCAGUGCGGCCCUGCUUCCGUGAAUGCAGUCCGAGAAGGGGAUGUGGACCUGAAUUACGACAUGAUCUUCAUUUUUGGGGAGGUAAACGCGGACAGGAGCACCUGGAUCCUUGAUGUCAGAACCGGCAACCAGAAACAGAACACCCUGGACACUGUGUCCAUCGGGAAGUACAUCAGCACCAAGGCGGUGGGCAGCAACUCUCGCAUGGAUGUCACGGACAAGUACAAGUACCCAGAAGGUUCCAGUGAGGAAAGGCGAGUGCACCAAAAAGCUUUGAGCAAACUUAAACCCAACGCAUCGUUUGGUGCUACAUCUGCAAGAGAUUUGGCCGGGGAGGAAGGAGAACCCAGCAUCUCUGGGAGGUUCAAGGUCAUGGGUGUACUGGCAGUGGGCAAAGAGGUCAGCCUAGCCCUGCUGCUCAAAAACUUGACCCGGGACAGGAAGACAGUGUCCGUGAACAUGACAGCCUGGACCAUCGUCUACAAUGGCACACUUGUGCAUGAGGUGUGGAAGGACUCCGCCACAAUAUCCCUGGACCCUGAGGAAGAAGUCCAGCACCCAGUGAAGAUCGCAUAUGCCCAGUAUGACAAGUAUCUGAAGUCAGACAACAUGAUCCGGACCACAGCCGUGUGCAAGGUGUCUAAUGAGGCUGAGGUGGUGGUGGAGCGGGUGGUCAUCCUGGACAACCCCACCCUGACCCUGGAGGUUCUGGACCAGGCUCAAGUGCAGAAGCCUGUGAACGUGCAGAUGCUCUUCUCCAACCCCCUGGAUGAGCCGGUGAAGGACUGUGUGCUGAUGGUGGAGGGCAGCGGCCUGCUCCGGGGCAACCUCAAGAUCGAAGUGCCAGCCCUACGCCCCAAGGAGAAGUCUCGGGUCCGUUUUGAGAUCCUGCCCACCCGGAGUGGCACCAAGCAACUGCUCGCUGACUUCUCCUGCAACAAGUUCCCCGCAAUCAAAGCCAUGCUGUCCAUCGAUGUGGCUGAAUGAAGAG